CAGUUUCAGAGCCUGGCUGCACCGUUCUUCCCCACCCACACAACCUUCCCCAAAUACGCUGUUUCCUGAUAACUGAGACAGAACUGAAAGUCCCUCCCUCCACCGCCAAGUCUUUCAGGGGCUGGUUUAGUAUCCCAGGGUUCAUAUCUUACGGACUGCCUGUCCUGGGGCCCGGCAGGGGCUGCGGCUGCUCCCACAAUUGCCUUGGGCCGCUUUUGCCUGUGUUUGGGCUUCGGCUGGAAGGGGUGGGGGAGGAAGAAGAUGGCAAGCUGCCCUCGCUGACGCCAACUGCCAGUCUUGCCCCAGUAAGCCAGCCCUUAGUGCGUAGGAGUCAGCAAGAGCCUCUCUCCCGCCCUGACAGCUGGCACCGAGUCUGUUGCCCUGGCAACACCAAUCCCAGGCUGACGGGAAGUGAAAGAGCCUCCCAACCCACCAGCCCAGGCAUUUCAGGGAGCCCGGAAAGGACCCAAGCCGAGAGAGGAGCUAGCCUAGCCCGGGGCGCCCUGAUGCUCACUUCAGCAGCCAGCCCCAGAAGACACUGGGGACAUCCGGUUCCUCCAGGCCACCGAGCCAUGUUGUCCCGGGGGCCUGCCCUGCUUCUCUGCCUUUUACUGCUGCUGCUGCCUGAGGUGGCUGGUGAGGACAGGGCAGAGAGCUGGUGGGACAGAGCGGGGGCCCCUACGGUCAAAAAGGUGGGGAAGGGCCUGAAGGACCGGGUGAAUGCUGUGACAGCUCUCUCCAAAAAGUACUGGGCUUACUUUGCCCGCCAAGUGUGGCCCCAGGACUGUGAUGAGGAAAAGGAAGCUGCCUCGAAGCCAUUGGGGUGGACCCUUCCCCUACUUGGCCAGAGAUACCUGGGUAUUCUUUCCAACUGGUACUGCCACUUCAAGGAGUGCUGUGACAGGGAUGACUGUAGGAUAAUCAAUAACAUCACAGGCCUGGAGAUAGACCUAAGCACCCGACUACAUGGUCAGCACUUGGUCCGGGAAGUGGUUCUGAAAUCAGUAAAGGGCUUCCUCUCAGUGCCUCAGCCAGAGAAACCUCUAGCUCUGUCAUUCCAUGGCUGGUCUGGCACAGGCAAGAACUUUGUGGCUCGGAUGCUGGCAGAUCACCUGUACCGAGACGGGCUGGAGAGUGAGUGUGUUCAGGUGUUCAUCUCCAUGCUUCACUUCCCUCAUCUGAAAUAUGUGGACAUCUACAAGGAAAAGCUGAUGGAACAGGUGAGUGACACAGUGCGGCGCUGUGGCCAAGCCCUGUUUGUCUUUGAUGAGGCUGAGAAACUGCCCCCAAGUCUGCUGGAGACUCUGAAGCCAUUGCUGGAUCACUAUGACACCAUCAAGGAGGUAGAUUACCGGAGAGCCAUCUUCCUUUUCCUCAGUAACCUUGGGGGCAACACCAUCAAUGAAGUGGUCCUGAGCUGGCUCAGGGCAGGACGCUCCAGGGAAGAGAUCACCAUGGAGGACCUAGAGCCCUACCUCCAGGCUGACAUUCUGAAGUCCACAGAUAGCAACUUCGGCCACAGCGGACUCGUGAAGGAAAACCUGAUGGACUUCUUUGUCCCCUUCUUGCCACUUGAGUACCAUCAUGUCAAACUGUGUGCUCGAGAUGCUUUCCUGGGCCGGGACCUUGAGUAUACUGAAGAGGCACUGGACAAAGUUGCCAAGAUGAUGGUGUAUGUACCCAAGGAAGAGAAACUCUUCUCUGCUCAAGGCUGUAAGUCCAUCUCCCAGAGAAUCAACCUCUUCCUGCCUUGAGGGCCAUGUGAGAAGAUUGCAUGAAAGCAGAGGAAGCCUGUUCUUUACCUCUCCACUGACCAAAGGGCCUCCCAGAACAUCACUUGACAUCCAGACUCUUACAGGAAUAUCAACUAUGGAACCCUUUUACCUUGGGGCUUUGUAGGGCAGGAAGAAAAGCCUGAGCUCUAGCAAUUGGGUAUCUGAAGAAGGGCUACUUCCCAGUCCUUAAAAUUAUUUUGGUGCCUUUUAGUGGAGCCUUCCAUGGGGUGGACAGUGGCUGCUGGACAGUGGAAGGGGCAGGUUUGUACACAAAUAAGGACAAUGUGUAAAGUGAGAAGUUGAGUUGUUUAAAGUGAAAGUGAAUCCUAGUUGUACAGCUCUUAAAGAAGCCCAGAACUAAGAAGAAAAUGAGGUUUAACUUAAACUUAAAUAGGGGUUAAGAGCCUCUCUACUUCCAAGUUGUGUCACUGGAACAUCCCAGAUAUAACCAGUGGGAAUUCAGGAACAGAAAGUGAGACAGAGUUUUAGCCAGUGCCGGCAAGGUUUAACUGCCAGGGGAACGUUAGUGCAACUUUUCUGUUGCUUCAGAUUUUUAAAGAGAAUUAACUUUUUUUUUUAAGUUGGGGGAAGGAAGAGGAAGAGAGAAUUUAUGUUAGAUGUGUAAAGAUUAAAAAUUUAUAUUUUCCUAAAAUCUUUUGUGUGAUUUCUUGCAAAGCUGAAAUUUGAGGCCACGCUAGAGGGAGGCCAGUCAGCACACACUGAGUGGGUUCUGAUAGUCCAAUUCAAAGAUAGAUUGUUUUGGGAGGGAGCAAGCAUGAGUCUGGAAAAAAAAAAAGACAAUUAGGAAUCCUACCCUCAAUCUGCUGGCCAAAAAUGUUAGCCACAUUUUUUGAUUCUAGACUGUCACAUUGAGUUACAUGAACCUAAAGAUGAGAAUUCUUCAGGAAAACCAAGACCCUAGUGUAGAUGACCUGUGGGGCUGAGGCUCAAAAGGCUAUUCUGGACCAUACCCCAUUUCUACCAUGUCCAAUUCUGCCAUGAAGCUAACGGUGGGACUGGAUCCUUGGCUACCUGAAGCUUCUUCUGGGAAGCCUGCUUCUUUCCCCAGAAACCACUACCAGCUUUGACUUGUAGCUAACACUUAAAAACAGACAAAUGUCCUUUACAGAGAGAUCUCAUUUGUUCCUGCAACAAGGUAGGGAUAAGAUGAAUUCCAUCUUACAAAUAAGGAAACGAGCUCAGACAGCUUAAGUGAUAUGCACAUGGUCAUACUAGUUAAAGUCAGAAAGAAGAUUUGAACCCAGGACUCUCCUGACUCAAUCUACUACAUCAUACUGCCUUUGAAAAAAAAAAAAAGGGGGGGUGAGACCACUAGAUAUGAAAUCUGAGAACCUGGGAUCAAAUUCAGGCUUUAUACCUGUGUAACUGUGGAUAUAUCCAGUACUAUUAAUAUCUUGCCAUCAUGUGCCUCCCCCUCCCAACUUUUCACCUCUUAUUCAGAGAACAGUAAACAGCACUACUAUUACUUCUGGAGAGUGCAUGACAAGUGAUUCCUCUCUAGCUCCAUCACUGUUCGCAGGUUCUUUGGACCAAAACCCCCUUUCCCCACCCCCACUCCCCUAAUCUGUGUUGCUUCCAUUAGAAUAU